AUGUUGACGCUAUUGCCGAGGAAAACGGUGUUGACUACGAAAGCGAUUCCGAACUUUCCUCAAACCUCUGUGACUUUGCCGCCGCUGCUCAGUCCGUUGACAUCGUCGCCUUGCGCACCGCCAUUGUUGGUUAGUUUCUACUGGCAGACAAACAAUUUGAAUGGGGGAGUUGAUGAGCCACUCGAGGAUAAUGACUCGGCACUUCACCUAGCGUGUCUAUAUGGUCACCUCCCUUGUGUUCAGCUUCUCCUGGAGAGAGGUGCUAAUAUGGAGAUCAAAGAUGAAGAUGAAGCCAUUCCUCUGCAUGAUGCUUGUGCUGGAGGAUACUUGGAGAUAGUAGAGCUUCAUUUCAACCGAGCUAGUGAUCCUGAGUGUGUGAAGAGAAUGUGA